AUGGCCGCCGCCGUCGCUGGACCUUGUCAGAUUCGACGAGAAAGGGAUGGGACGGUCACGACCGGGUCGUCGCCGCCAGCGUCAGCUGCGAGUGUGCUGGCGGUGAGGCUGGGAGCACGCUUGGAAUCGAUCCGCCGCCGCCUGUUGCAACCCGCCGCCGCUCGCCUCAGCCGCCUCCCGGUGCCUGCCAGAUGCAAGGGAGAGAUGAGGGAAGGAGAUAUGCGGGUGUUGAGAGUCACGAGAGCGAGCGGUGGAUCGAUUGCUCCAAUCUGCAAUCCAAAGGGCUCACCCUGCCAGCAAGAUGAUGAUUCUCAAAGUGACUGUGUCGAAGUGAUACGAUCGUUGGGCGACCUUCCAGAGGAUAUCUGUCGACGUAUUCAUGCCCGAAUGCCACUGCGAGAUGCUGCCCGCUUGGCUUGUGUAUCACGCAAAUUUUGGAGAUCAUGGAGAUGCUAUCCCAAGCUUGACUUGCGUCAGGAAACACUAGGUUUAAAUGGAGAUCUCAUCAGUAAAGUUGACAGUAUUCUGAAAAAUCACUCGGGCGUUGGCUUGAAGGAACUAAAUAUUGAACUUUCUAGCUGUGACAAGGUUGAUUCUUGUUAUAUCAGUAGUUGGCUUCGUAUUGCUGUUACAGCAGGAAUUGAAGAACUCAGCCUUUUUCUGCCUCAUAUUCCUGAGGAAGAAGAAAACUGUUUCCCAUGCUCACCUUUACUUAAUGGGAGUGAAAACUCAAUUUGGUAUCUUGACAUAGGCAUCUGUGCCUUUCGUCCCACGGCUGGGCUUGGUCAUUGGAGAAGCUUGACAAGGUUAUAUCUGAGUAGUGUGCGGGUUGCUGAUGAUGAGCUAGAGGGCCUUCUUUACAGUUGUGAUGCAUUGGAGCAUUUGGGAGUCCUGAAUUGCCCUGAGAUAGUUUGCCUGAAGAUACCUUGUCUGCUGCAGCGGCUUAGGCUCCUGACAGUGUCUUUAUGCAGAAAUCUGCAAGUGAUAGAUUGCAAUGCUCCAAAUAUCUCCAUUUUUCACUUCUCUGGUAGCUUAGUAUCGAUUUUCUUCGAAAGUGCAUUGCAAGUAAAGAAUGUUGAAAUGGAUUGUUUAGAAUUUGGUCAGUCCAACAUUGUCUUGCAUGCUCGGACCAAGCUUCUGUCCUAUGCGCCAAAUGUUGAAACACUUGCCAUAUCCUCACCUAAUGAGAUGAUCAGUACACCAAUGCUACCUAGCAAAUUCCUCUGCCUCAAGUACUUGCAUAUUUCUCUAAUUGGAGAUGAGGCUAUUUCACCAGCUUAUGAUUACCUUUCUCUGGUUUCUUUUCUUGAAGCUUCUCCUUGCCUGGAGACAUUCAUCUUGGAAGUGCGGCAGCCUUACAUGAAGCAUGAUUCAGUUGUCGAGGAUUCCUCACACCUAAGGUGGCUACCACAGCAGCGUCACAACAGCCUAAAGAGUGUGACAAUCGUCGGCUUCUGCUCCGCAAAGAGCUUGGUCGAGUUGACAUGCCACAUUGUUGAGAAUGCGACAUCGCUCGAGCGCCUCACGUUAGACACCACUCAUGGUUGUCAGAGUUCUGGUCUCCACGGAUGUCAUUUCAAGAGUCUUUGGUCGGUUGAAGGGCUUGCAGGUUGCAGCAAGGAAGCCAUCGGUUGCGGUUUGGGCUUCUGCGCACUCGUCCAGGUGAUCGACCUACUGCCUUCCCUGAAGCUAGUGUUACAACUUACAACUGAUUGGGACCAGGCCAGAAAUUGA